AUGGAUUGCAGCAAAUUGGUAGAAGAUGAGACCCCUGAGUUAGGAAUGGAGUUCAACAGUGACGAGGAUGCGUACAAGUUUUACAACAAAUAUGCCUUAAAAAUGAGUUUUAGUGUAAGCAAAAACUAUCUGAAUAAAGACAAAGACAGUGUGACCACGUCUAGAAGAUAUAGUUGCUGCAAGAAAGGUGUGAAGCGCAAGUACGAAGGUGAUGUGAUGCCAAAGAGGACACGAGCGCCAACGAAAAUAGGGUAUGGAGUUAAAAUGGUUAUCGUGUUGUUUAGAGGGACAAUGAAAUACCGUGUGCAUGACCUUGUCUUAGAGCAUAACUAUGAGUUGCACAUUGCUCAAUGUUCGCACAUGAUGCCAUCACAAAGAAAAGUGAGUGAGACUCAAAGAUUCCAAAUUGAAAUAAGCGAGGAUGCUGGGUUUUCAUUGAAACAGAGCCAUGAGCUUAUGGGAAAGGAGGCAGGUGGGAUGGGUAAUGUGGGAUAUACUCGGGAUGAUCUUAAACGAUAUCUUCGAACAAGGCGGGAAAUGAGCUUGAAAUAUGGAGAAGUAGGUAGCAUGUUGAAUUAUUUUCAAGAGCAAACACUUGAGAAUCCUUCUUUUUUUCAUGUCGUACAGCUAGACUGUGAAGAGCAGACAACGAAUAUCUUGUGGGCUGAUACAGGAAUGUUAAUUGACUACAACUUUUUUGGAGACGUAAUCACAUUUGACACAAUCUACAAAACAAAUAAAGAAUACCGACCACUUGGAGUAUUUGUGGGUUUUAACCAAUAUAAGCAAAUUGUGAUAUUCGCAAAGACGUAUUCAUCAAUCGUAUUUGGUGCAUUCCAAAAUGAAUAUGGCGAGUCAACAAAUAUAGUUAUAUUGAGACAACAAGAUGCAGGGAUGUUUGUGGAGUUUGCGGUCAUGAGGUAUGAUGGAGGACCUGAAAGAAUAGUGGAGCAUGCGGCAAUUUCAACACACUGUGAUAUUGAUGCAUAUCAUGUAUUUUCACCAUCACCGCAGGAAAGAAAUAACACCCAGGGAUUGCGACUAACUGUUGACGUCGCCUCCCUUCAGAGACAGAUUGAUGAAUGA